CUCUGAGAGUAAUUGCAUUGUAACCGCAUGUUAAAAUCGUUUUUUUUGUACCAGUUCUUCCAUUUUCAUUUCUUUUCCUGUUAAACUCUUGUUAUUUUUUAGUAAAGUUUGCGUUAUAUUUACAAACAUACAGUUUAUAGAAUGUGGUGUUAAUGGUUUCUUAGCGAAAUUAAAUAGUGUGUCACAUAUCACACACCAAUAAAACGCCUUUUUGCCAUAAUAUCCCUGAUUUAGAAACACAAUUAUAUUCUAUAUAUACUACAUAUGUACUGUAUCCAGCUCCAGGUUAUAAAAUCAGACGAUAAAAAGGAUUAUACAGCUGUAUUAUUCCAAUAUGUGUCCUUAUAUACCAGGGUUGCCAGGUCUGUGUAGAAAAAAACAGACAAAAAUUAAACAAACAAGUAAAAGCUCAGCAAAAUCAGCCUCUUCCACACUCACUGCUUCACGGGAAAUGUUCAGAAUAUUUCAAAGAAAAUGCUGCGUUUCUUGAUUAUUGAUGAUUUAUUUGUGUGUUUGUUUAUUUUUUUAGCUGCAGACCUGGCAACCCUGGUGUAAAUGCAGAAAUAUUAAAUAGUAUUAAAUCAGUUUUCUUUACUAAAGCUCUAAAUUUUCUUGUACGAUUGCAGAUAUAAUACAUAAAGAAGAGUUCUGAGAAACUAAUUUGCGGAGAUGUUUAGCAGCGUGUUGAGCGUUUUCAUGGCAGUGAUGAUUUUUGUGUCCCUGUAGAAGUCGGGUUUAAUUUUAUUUACACGUUAAUAUGUUUGAAAGUGUGUAUAAGCUAUAUAAAAGUGUGUGCAAGCUCCAGACCUGGCAGCACACACUUCACACACUUUGUAUUACUUUCCCAAGGACACAGAGCUGCAGACUGACAAUGUGACACUGUUUUUCUGAUUAUCUGGACAAAAAUAUUAUUAGAGUGAUGAGAUAUUACAGGAGGAGAGAGACACGAUGAGAACGGAAUUUGAACAAAGACUUUGUUGUGUGUAGAAGUGAGAUUGCGAUAGAAUUUCACCCAAAAGCUGCUUCAGACUUUUAAAGCCAAGCAUAAUAGUUGUUUUAUCUUUUCGGCAUGCCUUUGCGAAUAAAUUUCAUCUACUCUGAAAUCCCUAGAAUGUGUGUUGGGGAUGUUUGAGGAAAUUGGAGCGCAGGUGGAGGAUCUGCAGGAACAUUUUUACUCCAAGGCUAUGAGUAAAUUACAGAGAACCUGCCCAUCCCCAGUGUGUGUGUGUGUGUGUGUGUGUGUGUGUGUGUUUAAGUGAAAGGCAUACACAUCACCCCAGUAACCUCCACAACCCUCAGUCAAUACGCCUCAAUAGAAAGGAAUGUGUGUCUCAGCGUGGCUGCCUUUUGAGGACAGUUCAGCGGUUCACCAAACGAGAACCCGAGUGAGAACUGUACAGUCUGUUAAACCCACAAAAACCCAGAAGACAUUUCAGUAUUCAAUACAACAGUAUAGGAAAUAAUCAGUCCACUUUCUGCACUUUUAUGUCUUUAUUUAAUCUCAGUUUUUUAUUAUUCAGGAAGUGCAGUGAGGAAUGUAAAUCUAGACGUCUCAGACAUUAAAGGGUUGAACUGGCUAACACUGUGGAUGUUGUACUGAGUCUAUAGACAAGCUGAAUUGUGUAUGUUAAUGUGAUUCGGAUGUUCAGAGCCGUGUGAGGAAUUAAUGAGCUCCUCGUCAAGCUGGUGGUUCAAACGCGCUCCUUCAACACGUUAUCGCUUCCAGAGUAACAGCUCAUUUACAUGAACUUGUACUGUGUAUGCUCCACUUACAAUAAAACACAGAGUAAAAAAAAUGUGUGUAAUCUUUAAUCUAUAAGGAUAUGUUUAUUUAACACUUCUGGAAGGAGUCUCCAGUGUCAGCGCUUUGUAGCAGUCAGAAGUGAAGCUGUAAAUCUUCAGGACAGAGUUUACUGUUUGUGGUUUCUUGUGGGUUUUUUUUGUUUUAUAAAAAGGAGAGACGAGAGAGAAAAACUGUUCAUCACGUUAUGGAAGUGAGAACAGGAACUAACUUGUUUUACAGACGCUCCACAACGUUAAAUGUAUCUCUAAACAGAUAAAUUGUACGACUUGUUGUUCUUUAAUAAAUAAAAAGUUUGAAUUGUUGGUAAAUUGUAGUGGUAUAAGAGAAAUAAAGCACCUGUUAUAGGAAAAUACUCAGCUUCAGGGUGCUAACAGUAACUCCAAUUCAUCACACCAUCCCAUCACACACACACACACACACACACACACACGCACACAGUGUUUAUUAAUUACAUAAAGCGACUUGAUGGGAAAAAUUUCAUUGCCAAAAAUUGUCAUUGUGCUUGAGAAACAUUGUCCGAUCUAAAAGAUAAUUUGAGUGUACAAAAUGAAAUGUGUUUUAAACACAGUGUGCUGAAGGUCAAGUGAUGAGAAGUGUUUUUGUUUUUUAGUUUUGCUGUUGGAAUAAAAAUUGUGUUAUCAUGACCACUCUAGAACGCACACACAAGCUGAAAAGUCUUUUAUACUCGUCUAAUAAUUUGUUUUUUCGUUAGACUCGUGCUGCUGUUCCAGGUGUUCUUUGUGUUUUUCAGUUACUUUUGGUUUUCCUGUCUGGUCGAGGCGCUCGUCUCGAAUUCAUUCUACCUGCACGUCAACAUGCAGACAGUGCAGAACUGGAACAUGGCCGCUUCAUGACCUUCUGCCCUCCGUGCUUUACGCCUGUCACUACAGCUCAGUGAAAAGCCUUUUCCUCUUUUUGUAGCGAAGCUAAAAUAUCGAGGCUUCAUUCGGCCGUGCGUCCGGUCGCCGUGUCGGGAUACACAAGCUCCGGCUCGUCUGAGAUUGUCGACAUGCACGGUUCUGUGUUUGAUCAGCUUGAGGUCAUGAAGACAUUGAGUCUUUGUUAGGAAAAGUCUGCAAUGGCAAGCAAACUGUGUGCACGUGAUUCAAAAACGACAAACUGAGAGGUCGUGACAUUCAGAAACAGGAGGGAGAGAAAAUAAGCCAAGUGCUAUGAUGGAUCAGAGGAUUGGAAACCUGCUGCUUGUCCUCAUUAUAAGUGUUUAUGGUCAUGCGGCAGGGGAGAACGACCGAGACUUUAAGAUGUGUGGAACGUGGCUGCACAAUGGAAGCUCACAAACCCUGGAUAUUGAUUUAAAGCCCGGAUGUUCAGGGAUCAACAUUUCAGCCAACGCCAGCACGCUGUCCAUCCGUGGCUCAAUAACGGCUAAGUGUAAGCGGUCUCAGCCUCUGCCUCUGGCAGCUUCUCGAGGUUCCUCCAGUUCCUUCUGUGUGUACUGGGAGCCGCUGCUGGACCAGCUGAUGCUGGAGCUGAACGGGGAGAGCUUCUCACUCUGUAAUGCUAGGGGACUACAGACCCAGUGCUGUACUGAUCUCUCUCUUGGACGUCAGAGACCUUCCCAGCUGUAUGGAAUCAAGAACGGCAGAGUGCGUGGGGACGUUCUGACCAGCAAUGUCAUGGCAGAGUACGAGUUUACUGGCCAGGAGAUUAACUGCAAGGCUCAAUUCUGCGAUAAGGCAGCUCAGGAGUCCAGAGGAGCGAACAUGUUAGAGGAGGCCGUCUUGAGGUCAGCGGAGGUCGGUCAUGUGUAUCUGCCGUGUGUUCAGAGCACCGUGAUCGAGAUGAAGGAAGAUUUUGCAGGAAGUAACGUCACUCUGCUUGCUCCGAGGGGUGUACCACCAGAGAGGAUCCCGGCAGUGCACUUACCCGCCUGCCUCAAAACUGCAAACAGAAAAGUAUCCAAAGUGGUGUGUAGCUACUACAAGAACAGCACGUUUUUCCAGAAAAGUUCUCACAGGAUUUUAGAAGACGUUGUUGGGAUUACGGUGGAAAAUGAGAUCAUCACAAACCUCCCAGAACCCAUUAGAAUCAAGUUUUAUCACCCAGUACGUAUGGAAACACGGAAAAGAAAAUGCGUUUCCUGGGAUACAAGAAAAGAUAACGAGGUCGAGUGGAGGGAGACAGGUUGCAUAACGCUUCAGCUCAGCGCAGUCGAGACGGAGUGCUGCUGUAAUCACCUCACGUACUUCGCUAUUCUUGUGGAAUUGAACCCUACGAGAAGCGUGCGCCACCUGGAGGCUCUGACCAUCAUUACAGCGGUGUGCUGCACCGUAUCCAUCGCCAGCUGUGCCAUUCUCUUCAUAUCGCUCUGCAGACAGAGGAAAUCAAAGAACCAUUCGAGUCUGGUGCACCGUGGUCUGGUCGUGGCUCUGUUCUUCCUGCUCGUGCUCUUCGUCCUCACCGGCACCGUGGCCAACGCUGCGUCCGAGGGCGUGUGUCGCUUCGUCGGCGGCCUGCUGCACUACACGCUCCUCAGCGUCCUCUGCUGGAUGGCCGUGGAAGUGAUUCACACCUUCUGGAUGAUGUACAUGGUGUUCAGUCCGAAACCAAAUCCAUGGAUCUGGUGCCUGCUGGGAUUCGGUGUUCCGGCUCUGCCGGUUAUUAUUUUGGGAUCCAUCGGAGACAUUUAUGGCCAGAGGGCGGUGAAGUCCAGUGAUGAUCUCACAACUCCGUAUCGCAUGUGCUGGAUGACGGACUCUCCGGCGGCUCUGAUGGCUCACUUCAUCAUCAACACAGGGCUGCUGGUGGCGGUGGUGAGCUCCGGCCUCGUCAUGCUUUUCCUGGUGUUCAGGAAGAUCCGUCACCGGGACGAGUGGAGGACGAACCGCGUGGCCUUCCUCAGCAUCUGGGGUCUCAGCUGUCUGUUCGGUUCCACCUGGGUUCUCGCUUUCUUUUCUUCUGAAGCCUCAGAAACCGUCCUCUUCCUCUUCUGCAUCAUUAACUCAUUACAAGGAUUUUUCCUCAUGUUGCGGUUCUUCGCUCUGGAGCGGAUGCAGAAGAAUUCUCCGUCCAGUUCGGACUUCAGCAGCACCGGAUCCACGCGACAGCACAUGCUACAACCUCCGGAGAAGAACUAGGAGUGACCUCCUAAAAAAAGGGACUCUUUUAAAAAAAAAAAAAAAAAAAAAAGCUAAGAGUGUGUUUAGUAGUCAUUUUAGAAACAGGUUUCAGAGACGGGCAUUUAUAAAAAAUUUAUAUUUCAGCAUUAAUCCCUGCUGGUCAGGUCUGUGGCUGUGCACUGAAGAAAAAAAUAAAACAGACCAAAAAGAAAAAAAGCUUCAUCAACAUUAAGCUGAAUAUUCGACUGUAUAAACUCCGUACAUUUAUUACGUGUUUUGAAAAAGUCCAUUUCUCUUGUAGCACUUUAGUUUUAUUCCUUAUGCUUUGACUACUGUUCAGAAAUACUGUUCAUUUUAAAUAAUAAUAACAAGUAGAUUUUAAGCACAAAGAUGACAAAAGUUGUUUUUUAAAGUCCUUAUUAUUUAUUGACACAAAUCGAACAGUUCUGUUUCCACAACGAGCCUCAAUUAUGGUUUAACGUUUAUCGUUUAUUGCACUGGAUAAAAAACAAAUUUAUUCCUCAUUCAUUCACAGGAGCGUUUACUCAAGAAAUGUGAAAUUUACAAAAACACAGUUAGCUGGAAAAUUGUUCGUAUCGUACGUUACUCUCCUGAGUUUGUGUAAAUCUGCGUAUAAGGAGACUCGCUGUCGUGAACCUCGACUGAUCGUCUCCAGAUCGUAUAACUGUCCAUGAGUUCCUGCGAUUUUAUAAACGGAUUACAGUCACGUUUAAAUCACUCAUUUAUUUCACUUACACACUGACAAAUAAAUUAAGACAAUAAGACCAGCCGUUCAAUCAGGACAAAAGUAAUGGCACCCUCUAAAAGGAGAAGGAGUUAGUGUGGGUCUAUGGGAGCUGACACGCUGCAGUGGCUGAGCUGCAUUAUUGGAAGAUUUAGCUCAUGUCACACUUAGGAGGCGCUCUUUCACCGUUCAGUCGCCACUCAGCUCUCUGUGAGCUUUGCCUUUUAUGGAGUUUUGUGGGCGUGGCUAAAUGUAAAUGUGCCGCUUGGUAAUUACAGCUGAUCUGCGUUUAUUAACAUUUUAUCAACAGAAUUUUUAGUUCGGUUUGGACAUGAAAUCAUUUACACACAUCUUUUUAAAAGAUGAUGAAUGAGACCUGAUGUUGGCGCUGUUACAGAAGCAGAGUCUGUAAAUCUUAAUUAAACCAUGAUUAUAAUAAAUUAGUGUUACAGUGUGAUGAGUUGGUGUCAUGUACAGGACGGAAAUGCAGAUUUCAGGAUUAACUGAAGAGGUUUCACACAAAGAACAAAUGAAUAAUAAAUGAAUGAAGCACAGAGUUUUAUAGGCCAUAUAAAGUAAAUAUUUAGCCCUUGAUUAAAAGUAUUUCUAACUGUAAAUGGCUUGUGUUUUUGUGUCUAAUCUCAGUGAGGAAACUUCGUGAUGUAUUUCUGGAGAUGGAGAAUUUGUGUUUAUUCUGUCAUUGUCAGUUUUUCGCACGUUUUCCGUGGUGUAAAGCAUUUUCCUCUUGCGCGUGUUUUUAAAUACGUCCUUUAUUUCUCACUGUUAUUGAACUGGCAGUAAACUGCAGCUCAGCCAGACGAACUUUCCGUAAUAUACGGCACUUUUAUUAAGUGAUUUUAUUUAUUUAAUGAGUUAAAUCAUUUAGCAGAACCUGAACCUCAAUUUAUGAUGUGUAAUUUGAUUUUAGUGGAAAUGUAUUGAAUAUUAUAUGUAGGUCUGAAUGUUUCUCUUUGAAGCUGAGAUCUUGAAAUUUUAUUUAAAAAAAAUUCCGAUAGUAAAAAUGUAAUAAUUUAGCAUCUUAUAUUCAAGACUUUCUGAUGACUAUUGAAAUGUUUUGUUCUGAAUUUCUAUGAUUUGAAAAUAAUUUUCUACUGCUUGAUGUUUUUACACUUACAUUUUUUUUUUUAAUUAAAAUGUUUAAAGAAAUUCAGAGCCAAAAUAUUUAAAUAUCUGAGAUAUCAGGAGAUUUUCCUACACUGAAGCUGAGCUUUUUUAGUGAAUAAAAGCUUUUUUUGUAUUUGUGUAUUUUGGAGCUAUUUCUGUUUAAAAAUAAAUGUGAUUAUGUUGUGUACAGUGAUAAAUAAAAGCUGAUGAUAUUAUUUCCACAAAAA